GACGGAUCGUUUGGCUCUUGCCGGAAAUCGUUCCGCCCGGUGAGGUUUCGGCGUGAGACCCGAGGAGGGCGGGGAAGAGGCGUGACGGAGAUUUCUGAGGUGUAGUAGCCUGAGGUACCCCUAUGUGGCCCUAUAGCUGUUACUGAAGGAAGUAGCCUACGUCCACGCCUACAACUGAAGUAACUUGACGAACACCUCACCCCUGCCUCCGGGAUGAAAGUGGGUAACCUAGACCUGAAUGGGCUUGACCAUCUCACAACUGCUCGCGUGACGACCGCAUUCGUGGCAGGUAAGAAGAUUGCUGUAUCAACUCAAGAAAGCAGUAGCCUCACUGUCUUUGUAUUUUGAAUUGCAACAACUUUGAUAUCAACAAUGAAGCAAUGAUAUCUAAGAACAAAAGAGUAUUUGCCAACAGUCAUCAAAAUAUCAAGUGAUUGUAUAAGCAGAAACAAGCUGUCGCAGACCUGUGUGUUAGCUAAUAUAUGGAGAAUGCUUUCUUCUGAUGCUAUUUACUUAGAGGCAGUUCUAAUAUAAAUCAUUUCAAUUAUAUCUACAUCAAAUAAAAUAAAAAUGAGUGAAGCCCCCAGAUUCUUUGUUGGACCAGAAGAUACAGAAAUAAAUCCUGGAAAUUAUCGACAUUUCUUCCACCAUGCAGAUGAAGACGAUGAGGAGGAAGAUGAUUCUCCACCAGAAAGGCAGAUUGUGGUUGGAAUAUGUUCCAUGGCAAAGAAAUCCAAAUCCAAACCAAUGAAGGAAAUUCUUGAACGGAUCUCCUUAUUUAAAUAUAUCACAGUAGUAGUAUUUGAAGAGGAGGUUAUUUUGAAUGAACCAGUGGAAAACUGGCCUUUAUGUGAUUGUCUUAUUUCUUUCCAUUCUAAAGGAUUUCCACUGGACAAAGCGGUUGCCUAUGCAAAACUCAGGAAUCCAUUUGUAAUCAAUGACUUGAAUAUGCAGUAUCUCAUACAAGAUAGGAGAGAAGUAUAUAGUAUUCUUCAAGCUGAAGGUAUUUUACUUCCUCGUUAUGCAAUUUUGAACCGUGACCCAAAUAAUCCCAAAGAAUGUAAUCUGAUUGAAGGGGAAGAUCAUGUAGAAGUAAAUGGGGAAGUUUUUCAAAAGCCAUUUGUAGAAAAGCCAGUCAGUGCAGAAGAUCACAAUGUUUACAUUUAUUACCCAACUUCUGCUGGUGGUGGAAGUCAAAGACUCUUUAGAAAGAUUGGCAGUAGAAGUAGUGUUUAUUCUCCAGAAAGCAAUGUACGAAAAACAGGCUCAUAUAUAUAUGAAGAGUUUAUGCCCACAGAUGGUACUGAUGUUAAGGUUUAUACAGUGGGUCCAGAUUAUGCCCAUGCUGAAGCUCGAAAAUCUCCAGCACUUGAUGGCAAGGUGGAACGAGACAGUGAAGGAAAAGAAGUAAGAUAUCCUGUUAUUCUCAAUGCACGAGAGAAAUUAAUUGCUUGGAAAGUCUGCCUUGCUUUUAAGCAAACAGUUUGUGGCUUUGAUUUGUUACGGGCCAAUGGACAGUCCUAUGUCUGUGAUGUCAAUGGCUUCAGUUUUGUGAAAAAUUCCAUGAAGUAUUAUGAUGACUGUGCAAAAAUACUUGGAAAUAUUGUAAUGCGAGAACUGGCUCCACAAUUUCAUAUUCCGUGGUCAAUACCCUUAGAAGCUGAAGAUAUCCCAAUUGUACCAACUACAUCUGGAACUAUGAUGGAACUUAGAUGUGUCAUAGCUGUUAUACGUCAUGGGGAUCGAACACCAAAACAAAAAAUGAAAAUGGAAGUGAGGCAUCAAAAAUUUUUUGAUCUUUUUGAAAAAUGUGAUGGAUAUAAAUCAGGGAAAUUAAAACUCAAAAAACCAAAACAGUUACAGGAAGUGCUAGAUAUUGCACGACAGCUUCUUAUGGAGCUGGGACAAAAUAAUGAUUCUGAAAUUGAAGAAAACAAGCCAAAACUUGAACAACUUAAGACUGUAUUAGAGAUGUAUGGUCAUUUUUCUGGAAUAAAUCGUAAGGUUCAGUUGACCUAUCUCCCUCAUGGUUGUCCUAAAACAUCUAGUGAAGAGGAGGACAGCCGAAGAGAAGAACCAUCUUUACUUCUGGUUCUAAAAUGGGGAGGUGAAUUAACUCCUGCAGGCAGGGUCCAGGCUGAAGAACUUGGAAGAGCUUUCAGGUGUAUGUAUCCUGGAGGUCAAGGAGAUUAUGCAGGAUUUCCUGGUUGUGGUUUACUUAGAUUACAUAGCACCUACAGACAUGACCUCAAAAUAUAUGCCUCUGAUGAAGGACGAGUCCAGAUGACUGCAGCUGCUUUUGCAAAGGGGCUUUUAGCUUUGGAAGGAGAGCUUACGCCCAUUCUUGUUCAAAUGGUGAAAAGUGCAAAUAUGAACGGUCUUUUGGAUAGUGAUAGUGACUCUUUGAGCAGUUGUCAGCAACGUGUGAAGGCAAGGCUUCAUGAAAUACUUCAGAAAGACAGAGAUUUUACUGCUGAAGAUUAUGAAAAGCUUACUCCAUCUGGAAGCAUUUCUCUUAUCAAAUCAAUGCAUUUAAUUAAAAAUCCUGUGAAGACCUGUGAUAAAGUUUAUUCCUUAAUUCAGAGUUUGACUUCUCAAAUCAGACAUCGAAUGGAAGAUCCCAAAUCAUCAGAUAUUCAGCUUUACCAUAGUGAAACAUUGGAGCUUAUGCUACGUAGAUGGUCCAAGUUAGAGAAAGACUUUAAAACAAAGAAUGGAAGAUACGAUAUUAGUAAAAUCCCUGACAUAUAUGACUGUAUAAAAUAUGAUGUCCAGCAUAAUGGUUCCUUGAAAUUAGAAAACACAAUGGAAUUAUAUAGGCUUUCAAAGGCAUUAGCAGAUAUUGUUAUCCCUCAGGAAUAUGGUAUAACUAAAGCUGAAAAACUGGAGAUUGCCAAAGGCUACUGUACUCCUCUGGUUAGAAAAAUUCGCUCAGAUCUUCAGAGGACACAAGAUGAUGACACUGUAAAUAAACUUCAUCCUGUGUAUUCUAGAGGUGUUCUUUCUCCUGAACGUCAUGUUCGUACUAGAUUAUAUUUUACUAGUGAAAGUCAUGUACAUUCUUUGCUGUCUAUUCUUCGCUAUGGUGCCUUAUGCAAUACCAAUGAUUCUCAGAAUGAAGAUGGAGGAAUGGUGAAGGAGAUGGAAUCAAAGGAUGAACAGUGGAAAAGAGCUAUGGAUUAUUUAAAUGUUGUCAAUGAGCUCAACUACAUGACUCAGAUUGUUAUCAUGCUUUAUGAGGAUCCUAAUAAGGAUCUUUCCUCAGAGGAACGCUUUCAUGUUGAAUUACACUUUAGUCCAGGAGCCAAAGGUUGUGAAGAAGACAAAAAUUUACCAUCUGGCUACGGAUAUAGACCAGCUUCCAGAGAGAAUGAAGGCAGGAGACCUUUUAAAACUGAUAAUGAUGAUGAACCACAUACUUCUAAAAGAGAUGAGGUUGAUCGAGCUGUGAUAUUGUUUAAACCAAUGGUAUCAGAGCCAAUUCAUAUACACAGGAAGUCUCCACUUCCAAGAUCUAGGAAGAUGGCUACAAAUGAUGAAGAGAGCCCCCUGAGUGUGUCUAGCCCAGAGGGUACUGGUACCUGGCUGCAUUAUACCAGUGGUGUGGGUACUGGGCGUCGAAGACGCAGAUCAGGGGAACAAAUCACUUCUUCCCCUGUCUCCCCCAAAUCAUUGGCUUUCACAUCCAGUAUUUUUGGCUCAUGGCAACAGGUUGUAUCUGAAAAUGCUAAUUACCUGCGAACACCGAGAACUCUUGUGGAACAGAAGCAGAAUCCUACUGUAGGGUCUCACUGUGCGGGCCUGUUUAGCACCUCGGUGCUCGGGGGUUCUUCAAGCGCACCUAACCUACAGGAUUAUGCUCGUACUCAUCGUAAAAAGCUGACCUCUUCUGGCUGCAUAGAUGACGCCACACGCGGUUCUGCUGUUAAAAGGUUUUCUAUCUCAUUUGCUCGACACCCAACCAAUGAACACCUACACCUCUAUAGGUGCUGGUCCGUUUCCUCUGUGGAAUUUCUAGGCUCCAGUGGCUUUGAAUUGUAUUCCAUGGUGCCAUCUAUUUGUCCUCUAGAAACUCUUCAUAAUGCCCUAUCUUUAAAGCAAGUGGAUGAAUUUCUUGCUUCCAUUGCUUCUCCAUCAUCUGAUGUUCCACGGAAGACCCCUGAAAUUUCCUCUACAGCUUUACGUUCCAGUCCAAUAAUGAGAAAAAAAGUAUCUUUAAAUACGUAUACACCUGCAAAGAUCCUCCCAACACCACCAGCUACCUUAAAGAGUACUAAAGCAAGCAGCAAACCAGCUGCAAGUGGACCUUCUAGUGCAGUUGUUCCUAAUACCUCAUCUCGGAAAAAGAGUAUAACUAGCAAAACAGAAACGCAUGAACACAAAAAAAACACUGGGAAAAAGAAAUGAAAUCUUAGCAGAAGCUGGAACUUUUUAUACUUAUAAAAAUAGUAUGUUCUUAUGUUUCUCCUUAUGCAUUUAUGUGUUCACUUAAAAAUGUUUUUAAAUCUAAGGGUUUCUUUGUUUAUAUUCAGGUAAGGAACUUUUGUCAUGAUCUGGAAAUGUUUAAAACAAUGUUUGUAGGCAUUCUGUGAGUAGCAAAACUUAUAGUGAUAAAAAUUGAUUGUUGUUAAUAUGAUGUUUACCAUGUGCACAUAGUAAUGAAAAGGAACAUAAAAGCCCAGCAGGCUCGUACCAAAGUCACACCAGUAAUGCUAUGUACUGCAGAGUCUGAUUAGAUGGCCUUUGUGCACACUUUUAUAUUCAUGGGAUUGCAUCUUAGCUGUAAAAACUUCUAGGUUGAAAUUUGAUAGCCAGGGUUACAUACUGGGGACUUUUAAAGUAUCUUUCCAGAGAGAUUUCAUUAACUGUUUAGAUUAGAAUAUCUUUCCCAAUUGUUACAGUGACAUAUAUGCUGCAAUAUUUAACAACUGGAGUAUUAGCCACAUGGGCUAAUUUUCAAUCUGUGUUUUGAAUUUUUUUUAUUAUAUGUUAUUUAAAAUAUUACAUAUGCAGCUGGGAGAACUACACCUUUGUGCACAUAGAUUUAUAUAUUAAUUUGUAGAAAAUAUUUUCUUUAUAUAUUUCCUUACCAUACAAGGUGCCUUGUUCAUCAGGAAAACUUUUGUUUCAUAUGUUGACAAGAAAGGCACCUUUAGAGUUUCUUUUUAAGUAUAGUUGACAAAUGUAUAAAUGUUACAUUUAUUUUCAGAGUUCUUUUUAGAUCUAAAGAAGUCAGUUCAAAAAUGGAAAUCAACAAUGUUAGGAGAAAUCUGAAUUCUGUUAAGUUAGUACAUAUUAUGUAUAGCAUCUGUUUUUAACCAUUUCCAUUCUUAUCCCUAGUGUAUCAGUUGAUCACACUAAGAAAGCUUAAAGAUUGAGCAUUUGAAAUAAAUGCUGUUUAUAAAUGAUUAGAUUUUUGAAGGGAUAUUGAAAUCAUUGUGCUGUGAUUUCAUCUAUGAUAUGAAAAAUAAAUUUAUUAUCCUUGGUGCUUUUCCCCCCAACCAAUGCACAAAUAAUUGUGAACCACUUGAAAUGACUUAAACUGGUAAUCCAAAUGGGAUAAUCUGAUAAGAAUUUCAUGCAUUGCUAGUUAAAUAACUUAAAUUGCUAAAGCUUUAGCUUGAAACUUACGUUUAGAAAAACUAUAGAUUUCCCAUGGUAUGAAUAUAACUAUCGUAAUUCUUCAAAAGAGAUUCUUCUCACCUUAGUCAUAUAUGAAUUAACUUAUAGGAAAUAAGCAUACUAUAUGUUAGCUGUUUUAAAAGGUACCAGAUGUAAGAGUUAUAAAUAUAUACAAUUAAAGAAGUUCAUGUACUUCACAUGAAUGUAAAUGUGUUAUAUGGAGACAUGUCUUGUAAACAGUUGAAUGUAUGUAAGUUUUCUGUUUGUGAAAAUGUAGUUAAUGUACUCACUGUGGAGGUAAUAAGGAAACGACUUUUUUUUUAAAGUGGAACCUAAUUAAAAUAUUUCCAGAAUCAAAGAGA